AUGGUGGACCAAGUGAAUCUUCCUGAGGAAUUUACCAAGAACAACAGACUGAUCCAGCAACCUGUGACUGACAGCUGGCAAAGAGCAUUUGAAGUCCAGGGGCCCCAUGAACUUUUGGUGGCCACGCUGGAUGGUGAGGCUGAGCUGCCCUGCUUCCUCUUGCCUCCUCAAAAUGUUAAAAAUAUGGAAAUAAGCUGGACCAGAUACCUACCCUCUGACGUGGUGCACCUUUACGAGGAUGGGAGGGACAAGCCUGAGGAAGCCAUGAAGGAGUAUUUUAAGAGGACAGAGCUUGUGAAAAAUGUCAUGCAUAAGGGAAUUGUGGUCCUGAGAAUCUUCAAUGUCCAACUCUCUGACAAUGGGCAGUAUCGCUGUGCAUUCCAAAACGGCUCCUUCUACAGUGAUACAGUGAUUGAGCUGAAAGUGGCAGCUCUCGGAUCACAUCCUCAGAUCCACAUGGAAGUCACUAAAUCCCGACAACUCCGAUUAGAGUGCAAGUCAGAGGGCUGGUUUCCUCAGCCAAAGGUCCAGUGGAUGGACUCUGAGGGAAGAGAAAUUUCAGCUGAGUCUGAGACUCACACCCAGGACGAAGGCGGCUUGUUCCAUGUAACAACAUCACUGUUACUCAGAGAAGCUCCUCGGAAGAAUCUGACAUGUUCUGUCUGGAACCCAGUUCUGAAUCAGAAAAAGGAAGAACAAUUAUCCAUAGCAGAUUUCAGGCACUUUUCACAACAAAAGCUCUUUGAGAUAUUAUUGCACUUGAUGGCUGAAGCAGUUGUAGAAGUUGUCCAGUGA